AUGCCAGAGUUGUGCAGACCAAGCCACGGGCACUUGUCGCCAAGCUUGCGCUGGGGCAUUUCAGCAGACCUCAAGGUGGGCCCCUUCACCGCCGAGGCGGUGUGCUGCGCGAACCACCGCUUUGCUGAAGAGCCACACUUUUGGUCCCAAAACGCAGCCUUCGUCGCGGCGGCCAAAGCUGCGACGGAAAAGAAUCCCCUGGUCUUCUUUGACUCGGCUUGUGACGUGCCUCUCUUCAAAGCGCCGGUGGGCCGAAACACCUCGCAAUGGUUGGAGGAGUCGGCCCAUGGGUGGCCCUCCUUUCGCAGCCAAGAGAUGGUGUCAGAGAAUUUGGUGACCUUCGCCGGUGGCGAGGUGCAGUCGCGUUGUGGCACACACUUGGGACACAACCUUCCCGACGCGAAGGGCGAUCGAUACUGUAUUGAUUUGGUGUGCAUUGCCGGUGAAGAGGCAAGUGUUCUCGCUGGGAAGCCUUCAAUGCAGAACUCCGAGUUCGAGGUCUACUUCGGCUGUGGUCGUUACUUGCCGUCAGAGACUAUUGGCAAUUGUCGAGAUUGUACUAAUAUAUACCUAGACCCCGCAAAAGGGAGUGAUUUUUUUAGGCGAUGGUCCAAAAAGAUCUCAAGGCCUCAAUCCUCAUUCCGAGGUGGUGCAGAUCUCCUGCAACAGCUCUUCAGAUCUGCUGACUUUGGCCAAAGCUUUCUUUGA